ACAUGUAUCUCACAGCUGUGGGCGCAGUAAGUAGAGCAGCUGGAGGAUCGAUACAUUGUUAUUAAUCUGUACUGCACCAGUGUGCGACUGUGAGGAGAGACUCCGGCACUACACUAGAGUAGAGGCUAAGCCUCAAGGUUACAAGGUAAACGGUCACGCAACAGCCAAGUCCACAGAAACGAUGACUAACCAACAUGUACGUCACCUGAGCAAUUUGGCUAAAAAAUGGCUUCUUUCAGUCACACCUUCCACUUCUAUGAUUGAUCAACAAGUAGCAAUAAAAGCGACUGGAAUGAAGGCUAACAGCCAUGUCACUAUCAGGUCUGUUGCCGAGAAGAAAACAGAUGAAAUUAUAGAAAGAUUUGAGAGUCACGCUCAUUACAAAGCUGGAGACAAUGGAGAAGUUUCUGUGCCUGAUCAGGCUGCUUCGGGUGGAUUAUAUACUGGGACUGAACCCAUGGGUCUGUUCUGGAGCAUGGUGCCAUCACCAGGGGAGCGGCUCGGAGCUCGGUUUAUCCUAAGGGAUGCAACAAAGCCUAUGGUAGUUCAGCUUUCAUUGUACGAGGGCCAACUGGAUACAGCGGCACUACAGACCACGGAACCAAAAGCUACUGCUGCUGCAGAGAGAUGGUACAUGGGCAAGGAUGUAGAGCGGAUUGAAGUGGAACAUGGACGGCUAAGGGGAGCUUUAUUUAAACCCAAAGGACCUGGACCUUUUCCUGGUGUGAUUGAUAUGUUUGGUACUGCUGGUGGAUUGAUUGAGAUUCGUGCUGCUGCUUUGGCAUCUCAUGGAUUCGCCUCCUAUGCUCUACCCUAUUUUGCCUACAAGGAUCUGCCAAAAGGUCUGCAGAACUUAGAAGCUGAAUAUUUUAGGGAUGCAGUAGACUGGUUAUGUGACCAGCCAUAUGUGAAACCAGGAGGAGUAGGAAUAGUGGGCGUGUCUUUUGGGGCAACUCUAGCGCUACAGACCUCUGCACUUUUUCCUAAAAAGGUCAGUUCAGUGAUCAGUAUUAACGGAUCUCAUGUUUUCCCUAUUGACCCAAUGACUCUGAAUGGAGAGGAGUUGCCAUAUGUUCCCUUCGAUGGUGUGAUACCAGAACCAGUGUCAGGCGUGUAUGAUGUAUUCGACACCGGGAAAAAUUUGUAUGACCUGCAAGACGAAGAUAGUGCAUUUAUAAAGCUGGAGAACAACCAAAAGUGCAAGUACCUCUUUGUCACGGGUGAGGCUGACCGAACCUGGGACAGCUGCUUCUAUGCCAAGAAGAGCAUUGAGCAGCUGAAACGAUACGGAUGCAGUAACUAUCAGCUUCUGAGCUACCCCGGAGCUGGUCAUCUUCUAGAGAUACCAUGGGCACCCGCUGGCAGCAGAUUUUGGUCACCAUUAAUAAAUGGUGUACUUGAACAUGGAGGAACACCUUUUGGAAACACCAGAGCAAUGGAGGACAGCUGGCCAAAGAUGAUAAGAUUCUUACGGAGACAUUGUGGUAUUGGCAAUUCAAAGUUAUAAAACCUAUUUAAUAGAUGUUAUAAUCAGGGGGGGGGGGGGAAUGAACAGUGCUAACACACAUCAGUGUAAGGGUAAAACCAAA